CGCGCAUCGCCGCCGCGUCGGCGGGCCUCCCUCUCGUGUACGUCCCGCUCGAGGCACUGAUGUCGAAGUGGUACGGAAAGGCAGCGCAGCAGCCUCCCUGCCCCUCCCCCCUCUCGACGGGCGGCGGCGGGUGCCUGAGCCGCCUCGGAGCGUCGCUGUAGGCGGAGCAGCAGCUCGCUGCCCUCUUCGACGAGUGCGGACGGCUCGGCCGGCGCGUCGCCCUCCUCGAUGCAUCCCCGCACACGCCCCCUCCCCUCCCCCCCUCGCCGAGCAUCCGCCCGCCUCUCUGCCCGCGCUCUUCUGCCCGCAGGUGCGUCAUUCUCAUUUAUCUUUCACGUGGGGUCACCUCGCGCUCUUCUACCCGCAGGUGCGUCCUCUUCCUCGACGAGCUGGACGCGCUCGCCGGCUCGCGCUCGCGCGAGAUGCACGAGGCGUCGCGCCGCAUGCUCUCCGUGCUGCUGCGGCGGCUCGACGGCAUGGACGCGCAGAAGGAGGUGACGCUCAUCGCCGCGACCAACCGGCGCACGGACCUCGACUCGGCCCUCCUCUCGCGCUUCGACGUGCGGGUCCACUUUGCUGCGCCCGAGGCGGCGGGCCGCUCCCAGAUCUUCGGGCUGUACGCAAAGCACCUGGCGGCGGCGGAGCUGAGCCGGCUCGGCGACGCGGCGGUCGGCCUGUCCGGCCGCGACAUCCUCGACGUGUGCCGUCAGGCGGAGCGGCGGUGGGUCUGCACGCGGCUGCGGAGCAAGGCGUCCACCGACGAGCUCCCGCCGCUCGAGCAGUACGAGGAGGCGCUGCGCCGCCGGCUCGAGACGAGCGGCGAGCGGGAGGACGGCGCCGGCGGGGCGGGGAGGCCGCCGCAACGCCCUCCGUUCGCCGGCCCGGGCGGCGUCGGGCUCGGCCCGGGCGGCUUGUCCACGCCGAACUGAGGGCGGGCGGCGGGGCGGCGCCAGUCCUCCCGCUACUCCUCCGGAGCCAGCCAAGCGAGGGCGAGGGCGGGACCACACCAGCAUGCCGUCGAUUUGCGGACUCAAGACCAGUGCGCGUGCGCGGGCUCGCCGCGGGACGUGUUCUGUCGCGUUUGUCCGGCACAAUGCGCGGGCCGCGCCAUCUCCUCAUUGUGUCAUGUGUGUGUGUGGUGGGUCCACUUGCUGGGACCAGGUCCAGGAUAGUAUUAGUGUAGAGCGGUACCGGUAGUAAAGGUGCUU